CUGUCCUUUCGUCCCUGUCCAGUCUGAGGACCGGCUGGAGUGUGGGCUGCUGGGUGGGAACCACGUCGGCCUGGGCCCCAGGAAGGAGGCAAGACCCAGCAGCCCCCAACUCACCAUCUGUGCCCCUUGCCUGGGCGCUGCCCCAACCCCUGGUAGACACAGACCCCCAACCCUGCUGCCACCAUGGACCACUCCUUCAGCGGGGCGCCCCGCUUCCUGACGCGGCCAAAGGCUUUUGUGGUAUCUGUGGGCAAGGAUGCCACACUGAGCUGCCAGAUCGUGGGUAACCCCACGCCACAUGUGAGCUGGGAGAAGGACCGGCAGCCAGUGGAGGCAGGAGCACGCUUCCGCCUGGCCCAGGACGGGGAUGUGUACCGCCUCACCAUCCUGGAUCUGGCGCUCGGUGACAGCGGGCAGUAUGUGUGUCGCGCGAGGAACGCCAUCGGGGAGGCCUUCGCCGCCGUAGGCCUGCGAGUGGACUCGGAGGGCACGUGCGCCGAGCAGGCGCCCCACUUUCUGCUGCGCCCCACCUCCAUCCGCGUGCGCGAGGGCGCAGACGCUACCUUCCGAUGUCGCGUGGGCGGCUCACCACAACCCGCUGUGAGCUGGUCCAAAGAUGGGCGGCGCCUGGGCGCCCCGGACGCCCCCCAUGUGCGCGUGGAAGAUCACGGCGAGGCCAGCGCGCUUCGCAUCCGGUCGGCACGGCCUCGCGACGGUGGCACCUACGAAGUCCGAGCCGAGAACCCGCUGGGUUCCGCCAGCGCCGCCGCCGCGCUCGUGGUGGACUCGGAUGCCGAGGCUGCGGGACCACCCGGAGCCUCCACCGCCUCGCUCCUGGCGCAUCUGCAGCAGCGGCGCGAGGCCAUGCGCGCAGAGGGCGUCCCCCCCUCCCCACCCGGCGCCGGCACACGCACCUGCACGGUGACCGAAGGCAAACACGCGCGCCUCAGCUGCUUUGUGACCGGCGAGCCCAAGCCCGAGACAGUGUGGAAGAAGGACGGGCAGCUGGUGACCGAGGGCCGGCGCCACGUGGUGUAUGAGGAUGAGCAAGAGAACUUCGUCCUGAAGAUUCUUUUCUGCAAGCAAUCGGACCGUGGCCUCUACACUUGCACAGCCUCCAACCUCGUAGGCCAGACCUACAGCUCCGUGCUGGUGGUCGUACGAGAGCCGGCGGUGCCCUUCAAGAAGCGGCUGCAGGACCUGGAGGUGAAAGAGAAAGAGUCUGCCACGUUCCAGUGUGAGGUGGCGCAGCCGGCCACGGAGGCGGCGUGGUUCAAGGAGGAGACGCGUCUGUGGGCCAGCGCCAAGUACCGCAUCGAGGAGGAGGGCACCGAGCGCCGGCUGACCGUGCGCGACGUCUCGGCGGACGACGACGCGGUGUACAUCUGCGAGACCACAGAGGGCAGCCGCACGGUGGCAGAGCUCUCGGUCCAAGGGAACCUGACCAGAAAGCUGCCCCGGAAGACGGCAGUGCGCGCUGGAGACACAGCCAUCUUCUGGGUGGAGCUAGCGGUCCCCGAGGGCCCUGUCCAGUGGCUGCGGAACCAGGAGGAGAUGGUGGCCGGGGGCCGGGUAGCCAUCACUGCCGAAGGCAUGUGCCACACACUCACCAUCUUCCAGUGCACCUUGGAGGACGUGGGUGAGGUGGCCUUUGUGGCUGGUGGCUGCCGGACGACCACCCAGUUCUGCGUAUCAGCGCCCAGAAGGCCACCGCUGUACCCCCCUGCUGACCCUGUGGUGAAGGCCAAGACAGAGAGUUCUGUGACCCUCGGCUGGUCCCCACCACCCCACGGGGACCGCCCUGUCACCAUUGAUGGUUAUGUGGUGGAGAAAAGGAGACUUGGUGCUUAUGCCUGGAGCCGGUGUCAUGAGGCGGAAUGGCUGGCCACAACUGAGUUUACCGUGGCUGGUGUGGCCGAGGAGGGCGACUUCCAGUUCCGAGUGUCAGCCAUCAACCACUUUGGCCAGAGCCCUUACCUUGAGUUUCCAGGGACCAUCCACUUGGUCCCUAGGCUGGCUGUAAAAACCCCUCUGAAGGCAGUGGAGGCAGUGGAGGGUGGUGAGGUCACCUUCUCUGUGGACCUCACCGUGGCCUCUGAGGGCGAGUGGUUCCUGGAUGGGGAGGCCUUGAAAGCCAGCAGCGUAUACGUGAUCCGCUGUGACCGUACCCGGCAUAUGCUCACCAUCAGAGAGGUGCCUGCCAGAUUGCAUGGGGCACAGCUGAAGUUUGUGGCUAAUGGCAUUGAAACCAGCAUCCAGAUGGUGGUCCGAGCCGCUCUGGGGCUAGCCAGCAACAAGCUUCCUGCCGUGGCUGCCCGGGAGGUGCUGGCCCGGUUGCACGAGGAGGCCCAGCUGCUGGCUGAGCUGUCGGACCAGGCUGCGGCUGUGACUUGGCUGAAGGAUGGCCGCGAGCUGCCCCUAGGACCCAAGUACGAGAUGCAGGUGUCAGCGGGGAGGCGAGCCCUGCUGGUGCGGGAUGUGGUGCAGGAUGAUGCUGGCCUCUAUGAGUGCGUUAGUCGUGGGAGCCGCAUUGCCUACCAGUUGUUGGUCCAAGAGGCCAAAGUGGUGUUUGCCAAGAAGCAGCAGGCACACAGCGAGGUGAAGGCAGAGGCGGGGGCCAGUGCCACACUGAGCUGCACGGUGGCCCAGGCCCAGACCGAGGUGACCUGGUUCAAGGAUGGGAAGAAGCUGAGCUCUGGCUCGAAGGUUCGAGUGGAGGCCUCGGGCUGUGAGAGGAGGCUGGUGGUGCAGCAGGCGGGCAAGGCGGAUGCUGGGGAGUACAGCUGUGAGGCCGGGGGACAGAAGGUCUCCUUCCGCCUGGACGUCACAGAGCCCAAGGUGGUGUUUGCCAAGGAGCAGCAGACACACAGCGAGGUGAAGACAGAGGCGGGGGCCAGUGCCACACUGAGCUGCACGGUGGCCCAGGCCCAGACCGAGGUGACCUGGUUCAAGGAUGGGAAGAAGCUGAGCUCUGGCUCGAAGGUUCGAGUGGAGGCCUCGGGCUAUGAGAGGAGGCUGGUGGUGCAGCAGGCGGGCAAGGCGGAUGCUGGGGAGUACAGCUGUGAGGCCGGGGGACAGAGGGUCUCCUUCCGUCUGGACGUCACAGAGCCCAAGGUGGUGUUUGCCAAGGAGCAGCAGGCUCGCAGCGAGGUGAAGGCAGAGGCAGGGGCCAGUGCCACACUGAGCUGCACGGUGGCCCAGGCCCAGACCGAGGUGACCUGGUUCAAGGAUGGGAAGAAGCUGAGCUCUGGCUCGAAGGUUCGAGUGGAGGCCUCGGGCUGUGAGAGGAGGCUGGUGGUGCAGCAGGCGGGCAAGGCAGAUGCUGGGGAGUACAGCUGUGAGGCCGGGGGACAGAAGGUCUCCUUCCGUCUGGACAUCACAGAGCCCAAGGUGGUGUUUGCCAAGGAGCAGCAGGCUCGCAGCGAGGUGAAGGCAGAGGCGGGGGCCAGUGCCACACUGAGCUGCACAGUGGCCCAGGCCCAGACCGAGGUGACCUGGUUCAAGGAUGGGAAGAAGCUGAGCUCUGGCUCGAAGGUUCGAGUGGAGGCCUCGGGCUGUGAGAGGAGGCUGGUGGUGCAGCAGGCGGGCAAGGCGGAUGCUGGGGAGUACAGCUGUGAGGCCGGGGGACAGAAGGUCUCCUUCCGUCUGGACGUCACAGAGCCCAAGGUGGUGUUUGCCAAGGAGCAGCAGACACACAGCGAGGUGAAGGCAGAGGCAGGGGCUAGUGCCACACUGAGCUGCACGGUGGCCCAGGCCCAGACCGAGGUGGCCUGGUUCAAGGAUGGGAAGAAGCUGAGCUCUGGCUCGAAGGUUCGAGUGGAGGCCUCGGGCUGUGAGAGGAGGCUGGUGGUGCAGCAGGCGGGCAAGGCAGAUGCUGGGGAGUACAGCUGUGAGGCCGGGGGACAGAAGGUCUCCUUCCGUCUGGAUGUCACAGAGCCCAAGGUGGUGUUUGCCAAGGAGCAGCAGGCUCGCAGCGAGGUGAAGGCAGAGGCGGGGGCCAGUGCCACACUGAGCUGCACAGUGGCCCAGGCCCAGACCGAGGUGACCUGGUUCAAGGAUGGGAAGAAGCUGAGCUCUGGCUCGAAGGUUCGAGUGGAGGCCUCGGGCUGUGAGAGGAGGCUGGUGGUGCAGCAGGCGGGCAAGGCGGAUGCUGGGGAGUACAGCUGUGAGGCCGGGGGACAGAGGGUCUCCUUCCAUCUGGACGUCACAGAGCCCAAGGUGGUGUUUGCCAAGGAGCAGCAGACACGCAGUGAGGUGAAGGCAGAGGCGGGGGCCAGUGCCACACUGAGCUGCACGGUGGCCCAGGCCCAGACCGAGGUGACUUGGUUCAAGGAUGGGAAGAAGCUGAGCUCUGGCUCGAAGGUUCGAGUGGAGGCCUCGGGCUGUGAGAGGAGGCUGGUGGUGCAGCAGGCGGGCAAGGCGGAUGCUGGAGAAUACAGCUGUGAGGCCGGGGGACAGAGGGUCUCCUUCCAUCUGGAUGUGCCAGAACCCAAGGUGGUGUUUGCCAAGGAGCAGCAGGCUCGCAGCGAGGUGAAGGCAGAGGCGGGGGCCAGUGCCACACUGAGCUGCACGGUGGCCCAGGCCCAGACCGAGGUGGCCUGGUUCAAGGAUGGGAAGAAGCUGAGCUCUGGCUCGAAGGUUCGAGUGGAGGCCUCGGGCUGUGAGAGGAGGCUGGUGGUGCAGCAGGCAGGCAAGGCGGAUGCUGGGGAGUACAGCUGUGAGGCCGGGGGACAGAGGGUCUCCUUCCGUCUGGACGUCACAGAGCCCAAGGUGGUGUUUGCCAAGGAGCAGCAGGCUCGCAGCGAGGUGAAGGCAGAGGCGGGGGCCAGUGCCACACUGAGCUGCACGGUGGCCCAGGCCCAGACCGAGGUGACCUGGUUCAAGGAUGGGAAGAAGCUGAGCUCUGGCUCGAAGGUUCGAGUGGAGGCCUCGGGCUGUGAGAGGAGGCUGGUGGUGCAGCAGGCGGGCCAGGCGGAUGCUGGGGAGUACAGCUGUGAGGCCGGGGGACAGAGGGUCUCCUUCCGUCUGGACGUCACAGAGCCCAAGGUGGUGUUUGCCAAGGAGCAACAGGCUCGCAGCGAGGUGAAGACAGAGGCAGGAGCCAGUGCCACACUGAGCUGCACGGUGGCCCAGGCCCAGACCGAGGUGACCUGGUUCAAGGAUGGGAAGAAGCUGAGCUCUGGCUCGAAGGUUCGAGUGGAGGCCUCAGGCUGUGAGAGGAGGCUGGUGGUGCAGCAGGCGGGCAAGGUGGAUGCUGGGGAGUACAGCUGUGAGGCCGGGGGACAGAAGGUCUCCUUCCGUCUGGACGUCACAGAGCCCAAGGUGGUGUUUGCCAAGGAACAGCAGGCUGGCAGCGAGGUGAAGGCAGAGGCGGGGACCAGUGCCACACUGAGCUGCACGGUGGCCCAGGCCCAGACCGAGGUGACCUGGUUCAAGGAUGGGAAGAAGCUGAGCUCUGGCUCGAAGGUUCGAGUGGAGGCCUCGGGCUGUGAGAGGAGGCUGGUGGUGCAGCAGGCGGGCCAGGCGGAUGCUGGGGAGUACAGCUGUGAGGCCGGGGGACAGAAGGUCUCCUUCCGUCUGGACGUCACAGAGCCCAAGGUGGUGUUUGCCAAGGAGCAGCAGGCUCGCAGCGAGGUGAAGGCAGAGGCGGGGGCCAGUGCCACACUGAGCUGCACGGUGGCCCAGGCCCAGACUGAGGUGACCUGGUUCAAGGAUGGGAAGAAGCUGAGCUCUGGCUCGAAGGUUCGAGUGGAGGCCUCGGGCUGUGAGAGGAGGCUGGUGGUGCAGCAGGCGGGCAAGGCGGAUGCUGGGGAGUACAGCUGUGAGGCCGGGGGACAGAAGGUCUCCUUCCGUCUGGACGUCACAGAGCCCAAGGUGGUGUUUGCCAAGAAGCAGCAGACACACAGCGAGGUGAAGGCAGAGGCGGGGGCCAGUGCCACACUGAGCUGCACGGUGGCCCAGGCCCAGACCGAGGUGACCUGGUUUAAGGAUGGGAAGAAGCUGAGCUCUGGCUCGAAGGUUCGAGUGGAGGCUUCGGGCUGUGAGAGGAGGCUGGUGGUGCAGCAGGCGGGCAAGGCAGAUGCUGGGGAGUACAGCUGUGAGGCCGGGGGACAGAGGGUCUCCUUCCGUCUGGACGUCACAGACUGUCUUGGACCGCGAUUCGAUACUAGGACAGCGCUCGAUGCCAUGCGUGACCUCUGUGCAGUGACUGACUCGCUCUCCCCUCAUGAGCUCCGGAACACCUCACAGGGCUGGAGAAUGUUGCCAAGGAAGCCGAGUCAGGCCUACACCAGCCUGCGAUAUGAUCCCAAGCGAGUGGUCGUCUCUUGCUCCAAGGACAGCAGGGCCUCACGCCAGAACGAGCGUCAAGCUAGUGGCGCGGGCAGCCCUAUGGGGACGCCAGACCGACUCGACGUGACGCCUCGGUAUUUCACAGUGAGUGAACGAGAGCGUGAGAUGGCUUCGUGCGGACUCGAAGGUUCGAGUGGAGGGCCUCGGCUGGACGAGGAGGCUGUGUGCAGCAGCGGGACUCCUGGUUCUUGUGGGACAGCCCCACUGCUAGGGGGUAGAACGAAUGGACCCUUGAAGAGAGACGAGAUGGAGAGUGUGGUGUUGCCUUCUUUUGUCGUGGAUUCCGGAAGACAGCCUGGUGCCAGCCUUCGUCUACUCACCGGUGACAAUGAGCAUGGGUCGAGCACAGCUAUGCUGCAGCUCACCUCCACUUGCGCUUACUACUCGCUGCACGAACCCAAGAUAGCCUGCCAAGUCCCGACUCUCCACGCGGAGACCCAGCCGUCCAGUGGCCAGCCUCUCGGUGGUCAAGGGAACACUGAGUCGAUGCGCAGGACUUGCUUUCCGCGUCGCAUGUCUAGGCAAGAGUCCAAGCCGGUGGUUGGGCCCCAGGAGUCUGGGGGUCUCCCUACCAGGUGUGCCCUUGCGUGCAUGCAACCCACAAUGACCCUCAGGUCGUUGUCCGACCGACACAUAGUUCCUCCAAACCCCACUGGGAGGCCCUUCGAAGGGGGAAUUCGCGUGGUGGCACGUGAAGCUGGUCUGCCGAAGAGACUCGCAUAUACUCCGCCUUGCGAACCAAGGGGCCCCGAGAGGUUGUGUUCCGUGUCUCCCCUCGGUCGGGAAGCACAUGCUACUAGGCGGAGGGCAGAGCGCUUCCAGGAACAGGUGAGGCGUGAAGGUGGCAGCCUUCCCUGGCUGCGCGACGAGAUCCCUAUGCGCGAGUGUUAUGAUGCGGUGUCCCCAUCGGCGUGUCGUCCUCCUCACACCAUACGUCCACGCUCACGCGCCUCCACUACAACGAAAGACUUCUCUCCCCUCUGCAUUUCUGUCUUCGUGCUCCCCCGGCGCGAAUUGCCAUGCCAGUUCUACGUCGGCUACAAGUCUUCCGAAUGGCGUCUCCAUUUUCUGCUGCCCGAGCUCGCUCUUGUCGCCAGCUCAUCCGGCUUGGACAGACGUUACGUGAUUUCCAGUCAUUUGAGUGGUGUGGUGGCGGAGCGCUGGCUAGGUCUGUCACAGGCCGGUGGGCCGUCUCUGUGCAAGUGUCACACUCAGCCGAGGGAGACUCUUCUCGGAUACAUCGAGCCGGAUGGGCUUCAGGGGCCCACGCUGGGGAGCUGUUCUUUAUACUCGUCCCCCAUUUAUCAUCUUUUUAUGUCUGAAAUGAGCAAGAUGGUACUUCCUGGGGCCCUGCUGUGGAAAGUGAGGACAGUGGGGCCGUGGUCGGGGAUUGAGGGCUGGUCUCGUCGUGGGACCGCUCGUGUGGUGGGGCUCUCUGGCCUGGACUCAGGCUGGCCCAGGGGUGGGGCCCAAGCAGGCCCCACAUGGCCAAGACGAGCUCCGCCCCUCUGUGUCUCAGAGGCACCAGUCCUCUUCAAAAAGAAGCUUGAGCCACAGACGGUGGAGGAGAAGAGCUCCGUGACGCUGGAGGUGGAGCUGACGCGCCCCUGGCCGGAGGUGAGGUGGACACGGAAUGCCGCGGUCCUGGCGCCCAGCGAGAACGUGGAGAUCCGUGCCGAGGGUGCUCGGCACCGUCUGGUGCUGCGCAGUGUGGGCUUUGCGGACCGUGGCUUCUUCGGCUGUGAGACACCCGAUGACAAGACCCAGGCCAAGAUCAAUGUGGAAAUGCGGCAGGUGCGGCUGAUUCGAGGUUUGCAGGCCGUGGAGGCUAAGGAACAGGGCACAGCCUCCAUGGAUGUGGAGUUGUCCCAUGCCGAUGUGGAGGGCAGCUGGACUCGAGAUGGCCUGCGGCUUCAGCCUGGGCCCACAUGUCACCUGGCUGUACAAGGCCCCAUCCACAUCCUCACGCUCUCGGCGCUGAGGCCACAGGACAGCGGGUUGGUGGCCUUCAGGGCUGAGGGCGUGCACACAUCUGCACAGCUCAUUGUCACCGAGUUGCCGGUGAGCUUCACCCGACUGCUCCAGGACGUGGUGGCCACCCAGAAAGAGAAAGUGACCCUGGAGUGUGAGCUGUCACGGCCAGUGGAUGUGCGCUGGCUGAAGGAUGGCGUGGAGCUGCGGGCAGGCAAGACCAUGGGCAUAGUGGCCCAGGGAGCCUGCAGGAGUCUCGUCAUUUACCGAUGUGAGAUUGGGGACCAGGGUGUCUAUGUGUGUGAUGCUCUUGACGCUCAGACCUCGGCCUCUCUGAAGGUGCAGGGCCGCAGUGUUCAGAUUCUGAAGCCACUGGAGGAUGUGGAGGUGAUGGAGAAGGAGGGUGCCACCUUCUCCUGUGAGGUGUCCCAUGAUGAGGUUCCUGGCCUGUGGUUCCGAGAAUCCAGCAAGCUACGGCCCAGUGACAACGUGCGCAUCCGGCAGGAAGGGAGGACGUACACUCUGAUCUUCCGGAGGGUACUGGCGGAAGAUGCGGGCGAGAUCAAAUUUGUAGCUGAAAAUGUAGAAUCAAGAGCCCACCUCCGAGUGAAAGAGCUGCCUGUGACCCUCCUGCGCCCACUGCGGGACAAGAUUGCCAUGGAGAAACACCGAGGCGUGCUGGAGUGCCAGGUGUCCCGGGCCAGUGCCCAGGUGCGGUGGUUCAAAGGCAGAGUGGAGCUGCAGCCUGGGCCCAAGUAUGAAGUGGUCAGCGACGGCCUUUACCGCAAACUGGUCAUCAAUGAUGUGCAGCCGGAGGACGAAGAUACCUACACCUGUGAUGCCGGUGACGUCAAGACCAGUGCCCAGUUCUUUGUGGAAGAGCAAUCCAUCACUAUCGUGCGAGGCCUGCAGGAUGUGACAGUCAUGGAACCCGCCCCGGCCUGGUUCGAAUGUGAGACCUCCAUCCCCUCCGUGAGGCCGCCCAAGUGGCUCCUUGGUAAGACCGUGCUCCAGGCAGGGGCGAAUGUGGGCCUGGAGCAAGACGGCACCGUGCACCGGCUGACACUGCACAAGACCUGCUCCACCAUGACCGGGCCUGUGCACUUCACCAUCGGCAAGUCCCGCUCCACCGCCCAGCUUGUCGUCUCAGACAUCCCCGUGGUAUUGACGCGACCCCUGGAGCCCAAAGCAGGGCGCGAGCUGCAGUCUGUAGUCCUGUCUUGUGACUUCAGGCCGGCCCCCAAGGCUGUGCAGUGGUACAAGGAGGACACCCCGCUGGCCCCGUCAGAAAAGUUCAAGAUGGCGCUGGAGGGCCAGAUGGCAGAGCUGCGCAUACUCCGGCUCGCUCCGGCUGAUGCUGGGCUCUAUCGGUGCCAGGCGGGUAACGCCCAGAGCAGUGCCAAGGUUACUGUGGAAGCUCGGGAGGUGACCGUGAUUCAGCCGCUGAAGGAUGCUGAAGCCAUGGAGGAAGGCCGGGUCUGCUUCUCAUGUGAGCUGUCCCAUAAGGACGAGGACGUCGAGUGGUCCCUCAAUGGGACGCCCCUGUACAAUGACAGCUUCCACGAGAUCAGCCACGAGGGCUGUCUCCACACACUGGUGCUAAAGAGUGUCCGGCAGGCCGACGCAGGGACUGUGCGUGCCACCUCCCAAAAGGUGUCGCUUUCUGCCCAGCUAGUGGUCAGAGCAAAGCCAGUGGUGUUCCUGAAAGCACUGGAUGACGUGUCUGCAGAAGAGCGUGGUACGCUGGCCCUGCAGUGCGAGGUCUCAGACCCUGGAGCACGCGUGGUUUGGCGCAAAGACGGUGUGGAGCUGGGUCCCAGUGACAAGUAUGACUUCUUACACAAGGCAGGCUCUCGGGGCCUUACGGUACACGACCUGAGCCAUGAGGAUGCCGGACUGUACACCUGCCACGUGGGCAGCGAGGAGACCCGGUCCAGGGUCAGCGUGCAUGAUCUGCACGUGGGCAUCACCAAGAGAUUAAAGACAGUGGAGGUGGUGCAGGGAGAGAGCUGCAGCUUUGAGUGUGUCCUGUCCCACGAGAGUGACAGUGACCCAGCAGUGUGGACCGUCGGUGGGAAGACAGUGGGUAGUUCUGGCCACUUUCGGGCCACUCGCCAGGGCCGCAAAUACACGCUGACAGUCAAAGACGCCGCGCUCAGUGAUGCAGGGGAGGUGGUCUUCUCAGUGAUGGGCCUCACAUCCAAGGCCUCGCUCAUCAUCAGAGAGAGGCCAGUGGAGAUCACAAAGCCCUUGGAGGACCAGCGGACUACGCUUGGAGAACACGUGACGCUAAGCUGUGAGCUGUCCAGGGCGGGCACCUCCGUGCGCUGGCUGAAAGAUGGGAAGGCCAUCCGGAAGAGUCAGAAGUAUGACCUGCUCAGCGAAGGCACGCGGGCCGUGCUGGUUGUCCGCGAGGCCUCACUCAAGGAUUCUGGAGAGUACACCUGUGAGACGGAAGCUUCCAGAAGCACCGCCAGGCUCCUUGUGGAAGAAAAGGCAAACCGCUUCACGGAGGAGCUGGCUGACCUGCAGCUGGAGGAGAAGGGUACAGCUGUGCUCACGUGCAAGACAGAGCACCCAGCAUCUGUCGUGACCUGGCGCAAAGGCCUCCUGGAGCUGCGUGCCUCAGCGAAGCAUGCCCCCAGCCAGGAGGGCUUGACCUUGAAGCUCACCAUCAAUGCCCUGGAGAGGACAGACAGUGAUACCUACACCUGUGACAUUGGCCAAGCCCGGACCCAGGCCCGGCUCCUCGUCCAUGGCCAGAAAGUGCGCAUUACCGAGGACCUAGAGGACAUGGCCGUCCAGGAGGGCUCCUCCGCCAGGUUCUGCUGCCGUAUCUCCCCUGCUGAAUACAGCCCGGUACACUGGUUCCUGGAUAAGACCCCCCUGCACAGCAAUGAGCUGAAUGAGAUCGCUGUCCAGCCUGGAGGCUACCACGUGCUCACCCUGCGGCAGCUGGCACUCAAGGACUCAGGCACUGUCUACUUCGAGGCGGGUGAUCAGCGGACCUCAGCUGCCCUGCGGGUGACUGAGAAGCCGAGCAUCUUCUCUCGGCCACUCACGGAUGUCACAGUCACAGAAGGCGAGGACUUGACCCUUGUCUGUGAAACCACCACCCUGGAUAGCUCUGUGCGCUGGACCAAAGAUGGGAAGACCCUGAGGCCCUCCGCACGAUGCCAGAUGAGCUAUGAAGCCUGUCGGGCCCAGCUGGUCAUCAUUGGUACCACCCUGCAAGAUGGUGGGCGAUACAAAUGUGAGGCUGGCGGAACCUCCAGCAGCUCCAUCGUCAGGGUCCAUGCUCGGCCCGUGCGGUUCAGGGAGUCCCUGAAGGAUGUGGAGGUGCCAGAGGGCAGGGCUGCUACUCUACGCUGCGUGCUGUCAUCCGUGGCUGCGCCUGUGGAGUGGCGUCAUGGAGAUGACGUCGUGAAGUCCAGCAGCAAGUACAGCCUGCGCCAGGAGGGGGCUGUGCUGGAGCUGGUCAUCCGAGACCUAAAGCCCCAGGACAGUGGGCAGUAUUCAUGCUCCUUUGGGGACCAGACAACUGCAGCCACACUCACAGUGAAAACCGCGACUGCCCAGUUCGUAGGAAAAUUGAGGAACAAGGAGGCCACAGAAGGGACCACGGCCACACUGCGGUGUGAGCUGACCAAAGAGGCCCCCGUGGAGUGGAGGAAGGGGGCAGAGACCCUGAGAAAUGGGGACAAGUACAGCCUGAAGCAGGAUGGAGCGGUGUGUGAACUGCAGAUCUGUAGCCUGGUUGCGGCAGAUGCGGGGGAGUACUUGUGUGUGUGUGGACAGGAGAGGACCUCGGCCACGCUGACCGUCAAGGCUCUGCCCGCCCACUUCAUCGGAAGGCUCAGAAGCCAGGAGGCCACAGAAGGGGACAUGGUCACGCUGCGGUGUGAGCUGAGCAAGGCUGCCCCUGUGGAGUGGAGGAAGGGAGCAGAGACCCUGAGAGAUGGAGGCAGAUACACCCUGAAACAGGAUGGGGCUGUGUGCGAGCUGCAGAUCCGCAGCCUGGCUGCAUCAGAUGCUGGGGAGUACCUGUGCCUAUGUGGGCAGGAAAAGACCUCAGCCACGCUGACCAUCAGGGCCCUCCCAGCUCAGUUCAUAGAAGGUCUGGAGAAUGAAGAAGCCACAGAAGGAACCACGGCGACACUGAGGUGUGAACUGAGCAAGGCAGCGCCUGUGACGUGGAAGAAAGGAGCAAAGACUUUGCAAGCUGGAGACCGAUAUGACCUGAGGCAGGACGGCGCCGUGUGUCGGCUGCAGAUCCGUGGCCUGACCAUGGCCGACGCCGGGGAGUACUCAUGUGUGUGUGUGCAGGAGAAGACUUCAGCCACGCUCACGGUCAGGGGCCUGCCUGCCAAAUUUAUAGAAGACUUGAGGAGCCAAGAAACCACAGAAGGGGCCACAGCCACAUUAAGGUGUGAGCUGAGCAAGGCUGCCCGUGUGGAAUGGAGGAAGGGGUCCGAGACCCUGAGCGAUGGAGGCAGAUACACCCUGAGGCAGCAUGGAGCUGUGUGUGAACUGCAGAUCUGUGGCCUGGCCGUGGUGGAUUCUGGGGAGUACUCAUGUGUGUGCGGGCAGGAGAGGACCUCAGCCACACUGAAUAUCAGUGCCAUGCCCACCAAGUUCACAGAGUCCCUGAGGAAUGAAGAGGUCACGGAAGGCACCAUGGUCAUGCUGAGGUGCCAGCUGAGCAAGGCUGCCCCUGUGGAGUGGAGGAAGGGAGAAAAGACCCUCAAAGAUGGGGACAGAUACAUCCUGAGGCAGGAUGGGGCCACGUGUGAGCUGCAGAUCCGUGGCCGCGUGGAAGAUGCUGGGGAGUACUCAUGCGUGUGUGGGCAGGAGAAGACCUCGGCCACGCUGAGUGUCAAGGCCCUGCCCACCAGAUUCAUAGAAGACUUGAGAAGCCAAGAGGCCACGGAAGGCACCAUGGUCACGCUGAGGUGCCAGCUGAGCAAGGCUGCCUCUGUGGAGUGGAGGAAGGGGUCUGAGAGCCUGAGAGAUGGGGGAAGAUACAGCCUGAGGCAGGAUGGGGCUGUGUGUGAGCUGCAGAUCCGUGGCCUGGCUGUGGAAGAUGCUGGGACGUACUCAUGCGUGUGUGAGGAGAAGACCUCAGCCACACUGAGUGUCAAGGCCUUGCCCACCAGAUUCAUAGAAGACUUGAGAAGCCAAGAGGCCACGGAAGGCACCAUGGUCACGCUGAGGUGCCAGCUGAGCAAGGCUGCCCCUGUGGAGUGGAGGAAGGGGUCUGAGAGCCUGAGAGAUGGGGGCAGAUACAGUCUGAGGCAGGAUGGGGCCACGUGUGAGCUGCAGAUCCGUGGCCUGACCGUGGAAGAUGCUGGAGAGUACUCAUGCGUGUGUGGUCUGGAGAAGACCUCAGCCACACUGAGUAUAGAUGCCCUGCCCACACGGUUCAUUGAAGAGCUGAAGUCCCAGGAGGUCAUGGAAGGCUGCACGGCCACUCUGCAAUGUCAGCUCAGCAAAGAGGCCUCCGUGGCAUGGAAGAAGGGAAGGGAGACCCUCAGAGAUGGAGAUAGAUACAAGCUGCAGCAAAAGGGAACCACGUGUGAGCUGCAGAUCCGUGACCUGGCCAUGGCAGAUGCUGCAGAGUACUCAUGCGAGUGUGGGGAGGAGAAGACCACAGCCAUGCUGACCGUCAAGGCACGACCCACCAAGUUCACAGAGGGUCUGAAGAAUGAAGAGGCCACAGAAGGGACCAUGGUGACUCUGAGGUGCCAGCUGAGCAAAGAAGCCCCAGUGGAAUGGAGGAAGGGAACAGAGAUCCUCAGAGAUGGAGACAGAUAUAGUCUGAGACAGAACCAGGCUGUGUGUGAGCUGCAGAUCCGUGGCCUGGCCGUGGAAGAUGCUGGGGAGUACUCAUGCGUGUGUGGGCAGGAGAGGACCUCAGCCACACUGAGUGUCAAGGCCCUGCCCACCAGAUUCAUAGAAGACUUGAGAAGCCAAGAGGCCACAGAAGGCACCAUGGUCACGCUGAGGUGCCAGCUGAGCAAGGCUGCCCCUGUGGAGUGGAGGAAGGGGUCUGAGAGCCUGAGAGAUGGGGGCAGAUACAGCCUGAGGCAGGAUGGGGCUGUGUGUGAGCUGCAGAUCCGUGGCCUGGCUGUGGAAGAUGCUGGGGUGUACUCAUGCGUGUGUGGGCAGGAGAAGACCUCAGCCACACUGAGUGUCAAGGCCCUGCCUGCCAGAUUUACAGAGGGCUUGAGAAGCCAAGAGGCCGUGCAAGGUACAACAGCCACAAUGCGGUGUGAGCUAAGCAAGAAGGCCCCUGUGGAGUGGAGGAAGGGGUCUGAGAGCCUGAGACAUGGGGACAGAUACAUCCUGAGGCAGGAUGGGGCUGUGUGUGAGCUGCAGAUCCGUGACCUGACUGUGGCAGAUACUGGGGAGUACUCAUGCCUGUGUGGGCAGGAGAGGACUUCGGCCACCCUGAGCAUCACGGCCCCGCAGGUGGUGUUCCAGAAACCGCUGCAGAACCUGAAAGUGGAGGAAGGUUCCACGGCCAGUCUGCAGUGUGAGCUGUCAGUCCCCGACGCCGCUGUGGUUUGGAGCAAGGGUGGCUUGGAGCUGCAGGCUGAUGCACGCCGAGAGCCCCGGCAGCGGGGGUGUGCGGCUGAGCUGCUGCUUAGGGAUGUGCGCCGCGAGGAUGCGGGCGAGUACAGCUGCACCUGCGGCUCCCAGAGCACGAACGCCACACUCGUGGUUACGGCGGCUCCCGUGCGGUUCCUCAGGGAGCUGCAGGCCCAGGAGGUGGAUGAGGGGACCACGGCGCGCCUGCACUGUGAGCUGAGCCAGGCGGCUGCAAGCGUGGAGUGGCGCAAGGGCUCCCUGCAGCUGUUCCCUUGUGCCAAGUACCAGAUGGUGCAGGAGGGCGCGACGGCUGCGCUGCUGGUCCGAGAGGUGGAGCAGGAGGAUGCCGGUGAAUACGUCUGCGACGCAGGCCACGCGCAGAGCAUCGCCAGGCUCUCAGUUCGAGCCCCCAAGCCCAAGUUCAAGACCGGCCUGCAGAGCACCGAGCAGGAAGCAGGUGGCGUGGCCCGGCUGUGUUGCCAGCUGAGCGAGGCUGAGCCAGGGGCUCCAGUGCAGUGGUUCAAGGAGGGUGUCGAGCUACACAUCAGCUCCAAGUACGAGAUGCGGCGCCAGGGGGCUACGUGCGAGCUGCUGAUCCAUGGGCUCGAGACCAAGGACACUGGGGAAUAUGCCUGUGCGGUGGGUGGCCAGAAGACCUUGGCCUCUCUCAGAGUCAAAGAGCCUGAGGUGACCAUUGUACGGGGACUGGUUGACAUGGAGGUGCAGGUUGACGAGGAUGUGGAGUUUACUUGUGAGGUGUCGCGAGCAGGAGCCACAGACGUGCAGUGGCGUCUCCAGGGUCUGCCGCUGCAGAGCAACGAAGUCACAGAGGUGGCCGUUCUUGGAGAUGGCCGUACCCACAUGCUCCAGCUGAAGGGUGUGACGCUGGAGGAUGCUGGCACCGUCUCCUUCCAUGUGGGCAGCCAUUCAUCGUCUGCUCAGCUCACGGUCCGAGUCCCUGAGGUGACCAUUCUGGAGCCCCUGCGAGAUGUGAAGCUCAGCGAAGGCCAAGACGCCCAUUUCCAGUGCCGGCUGUCCAGGGCCUCAGGCCAGGAGGCCCGCUGGGCUUUGGGAGGGGUUCCUUUGCAGUCCAAUGAGAUGAACGACAUCACUGUGGAGCAGGGCACGCUCUACCUGCUCACUCUGCAUAAGGUGACCCUGGAGGAUACUGGAACCAUCACUCUCCAAGUGGGCUCAUGCUCCUCAGAAGCCCAGCUGAAGGUCACAGCCAAGAACACAGUGGUGCGUGGCCUGGAGAACGUGGAUGCCCUGGAGGGCGGCGAAGCUCUGUUCGAGUGCCAGCUGUCCCAGCCUGAGGUGGCUGCCCACACCUGGCUCUUGGAUGAUGAGCCUGUGCACACCUCGGAAAAUGUGGAGAUGGUCUACUUUGAGAAUGGGCUGCGGCACUUGCUGCUGCUCAAAAACCUGAAGCCGCAGGACAGCUGCCGAGUGACCUUCCUGGCAGGGGAUGUGGUCACAUCUGCAUUCCUCACCGUGAGAGGCUGGCGCCUGGAGGUCCUAGAGCCCCCACGAGAUGCAUCCGUGAGAGCUGGUAUGCAGGCCUCCUUCACGUGCACACUAAGUGAGGCGGUGCCUGUGGGCGAGGCUACGUGGUACAUCAACGGGGCUGCCAUCCAGCCUGAGGACACGGACUGGACGGUCACCGCAGAUGGCAGCCACCACGCCCUGACGCUGAACAAUGCCCAGCCCCAACACACAGGAGAGGUCACAUUUGCAGCUCGUGAUGCCGUGGCCUCUGCACGCCUCUCUGUGUUGGCCCUCCCUGACCCCCCUGAAGAUGCUGAGGUGGUGGGCCGUAGUGGCCGUUCUGUGACCCUAUCCUGGGUGGCUCCCAUGAGUGAUGGUGGCGGCGGUCUUUGUGGUUAUCGCGUGGAGAUGAAGGAGGCAUCCACCGGCCAGUGGCAGUUAUGCCAUGAGCUGGUACCCGGGCCAGAGUGUGUGGUGGACGGCCUGGUCCCUGGGGAGACCUAUCGCUUCCGAGUGGCAGCUGUAGGUCCGGCAGGUGCUGGGGAGCCUGUACAUCUGCCCCAGAUGGUCAAGCUAGCAGAGCCAGCGGAACCUGAACCAGUCCCAGCUCCAGCCCCAGCCAAAGCCCCAACCCCAACCCCAGCCAAAGCCCCAACCGCAGCCCCAGCCAAAGCCCCAACUGCAGCCCCAACCCCAACUCCAACCCAGCGCCCAGCCCCGGAGACACGCCAGGCAGUAGUUGGUGAGGACGUGUGUCUGGAAUUGGAAGUGGCACCUGAGGCUGGUGAGGUCAUCUGGCACAAGGGAACAGAGCGCAUCCAGCCCGGCGGACACUUUGAGGUCCUCUCUCAGGGUCAGCGGCAGAUGCUGGUAAUCAAGGGCUUUAGGACGGACGACCAAGGGGAGUACCGCUGUUGUCCCGCCCAGGGCCCGCCCUCCUCAGGGGCUGCCACGUUUAAUGUGGUCAUGUCCUCAGGCUCUGGGGAUGAGGUCCCCUCGCAGCCCAGCCUGCCUCCUGAGGCAGCCCAGGAGGGUGACCUGCAUCUGCUCUGGGAGGCCCUUGCCCGGAAGCGCCGCAUGAGUCGGGAGCCCACUCUGGACUCCAUCAGUGAACUGCCUGAGGAAGACAGCCGUGUGCAACAUCUGCGGCAGGAAGCAGAAGAGACAGCCCCUGACCUCUCUGAGGGUUACUCCACAGCCGACGAGCUAGCACGCACAGGAGAGGCUGACCUCUCACACACCAGCUCUGACGACGAGUCCCGGGCUGGCACCCCUUCCCUAGUUACCUACCUCAAGAAGGCUGGGGGUCCUGGGAUCUCACCUCUGGCCAGCAAGCAUGGGGCCCAGGUGGCCACCUCUGUGAAGCCACAAAAGCAGCAGGAGCAAGCAGUGCCCGUGUGCCCGCUGCCGGGAGACUUGAGUGCAGCCGACCUGAAGGAUCCGUCCCUGGACAAGGCAGCUGUGAAGAUCCAGGCUGCCUUUAAGGGCUACAAAGUGCGGAAGGAGAUAAAGCAGCAGGAAGGGCCUGUGUUCUCCCGGACAUUUGGGGACACGGAGGCACAGGCUGGGGAUGUGCUGCGGCUGGAGUGCGUGGUGGCAAGCAAGGCUGAUAUGCGGGCCUGCUGGCUGAAGGAUGGCAAAGAGUUGACCGACGGGCGGCACUACCACAUAGACCAGCUCAAGGACGGCACCUGCUCUCUGCUGGUCACUGGCCUGGGCCCCACUGACACUGGCCGCUACACCUGUCAGGUGAGCACCAAGUUCGGCCGUGUGAGCCACAGUGCCUGUGUGGUGGUCAGUGGGACAGAGAGUGAGGCCGAGAGCUCCUCAGGGGGCGAGCUGGACGACGCCUUCCGCCGGGCCGCCCGGCGCCUGCACAGGCUCUUCCGAACCAAGAGCCCAGCUGAGCUUUCAGAGGAGGAACUCUUCCUCAGCGCCGAUGAAGGCCCUUCGGAGCCAGAGGAGCCGGCAGACUGGCAGACAUACCGAGAGGACGAAAACUUUGUGUGCAUCCGCUUUGAGGCGCUCGAGGAGGCCCGCCGAGCGGUCACCUGCUUCCGUGACAUGUUUGCCACCAUGGGCAUCGGGGUGGAGAUCAGCCUGGGGGAGCAGGGACCCCGGGGCGUGGAGAUGCGCAUUGGCAAGGUGGCUCCCACUGUCACCCCUGCGGCGCCGCCAGCAAAGACCCCUGGCCUGCAGACUUCAGAUGCUGCCCCAGUGUUCCUGACCGAGCUGCAGAACCAGGAAGUGCAGGAUGGCUACCCCAUGAGUUUCAACUGCGUGGUGACGGGCCAGCCUGUGCCCAGUGUGCGCUGGUUCAAGGACGGCAAGCUUCUGGAGGAGGAUGACCACUACAUGAUCAACGAGGACCAACAGGGCGGCCACCAGCUCAUCAUCACGGCGGUGGUGCCAGCAGACAUGGGUGUCUAUCGCUGCCUGGCAGAGAACAGUGUGGGAGUCUCCUCCACCAAGGCGGAGCUUCGUGUGGAGCUGACCAGCACAGACUAUGAUACCGCAGCGGACGCUACUGAGACCUCAUCGUACUUCAGCGCCCAGGGAUACCUGUCCAGCCGGGAGCAAGAGGGAACCGAGUCAGAUGAGGGGCAGCUUCCCCAGGUGCUGGAGGAGCUGAAAGACCUCCAAGUGGCCCCUGGCACACGCCUGGCCAAAUUCCAGCUCAAGGUGAAAGGCUAUCCAGCCCCCAAACUGUACUGGUUCAAAGAUGGCCGGCCCCUGACCACAUCUGCCCACAUCCGCAUGACUGACAAGAAGACCCUGCAUACCCUGGAGAUUGUCUCAGUCACCCCAGAGGACAGCGGCCAGUAUGCAGCCUACAUCAGCAAUGCUGUGGGUGCUGCUUAUUCAUCGGCCCGAGCUGCUGGUCCCAGUGAACCAGAAGAAAAGCCAGCAUCAGAUGUGCAUGAGCGGCUGGUGCCACCCCGGAUCCUGGAGAAGUUCACCCCCAAGAAAGUGAAGAGGGGUUCCAGCAUUACCUUUUCCGUGAAGGUGGAAGGACACCCGGCCCCCACUGUGCAUUGGCAAGAGGAGACAGAGAAGGGGGUGCUGUGGAUUGGCCCCGAUACCCCUGGCUACACCAUGGCCAGCUCCGGCAAGCAGCAUAGCCUGGUCCUGCUGGACGUGGGCCGACAGCACCAGGGCACCUACACAUGCAUCACCACCAACGCUGCUGGCCAGGCGCUCUGCUCUGCCAGCCUGCACGUCUCUGGCUUGGGCAAAGAGGAAGAGCAGGAAAGAGUGAAGGAGGCUCUCAUUUCUUCCUUCUUGCAAGGGACAAGCCAAACAGUCUCAGCCCAGAUGGUGGAAUCUGCAGGUUUUGCUGAUCUUGCUGCACAAAGGAGAGGGGAGUCCCUGGUAGCUGAAGAGGCCCACGGUCACCUGUCCCUUGCUGAGGUGGGCACAGAAGAGUUCCUGCAGAAACUCACCUCACAGAUCACUGAGAUGGUAUCAGCCAAGAUCUCACAGGCCAAGCUCCAGGUGCCGGGAGGUGACAGCGACGAGGAGUCCAAGACACCAUCUGCUUCUCCUCGGCAUGGCCGGUCUCGCCCUUCCUCCAGUGUCCAAGAAUCCUCUUCAGAGUCAGAGGAUGGGGACUCCCGUGGUGAGAUCUUUGACAUCUAUGUGGUCACAGCCGACUAUCUGCCGCUGGGGGCCGAGCAGGACGCCAUCAUUCUGAGAGAAGGCCAGUAUGUGGAGGUCCUGGAUUCAGCCCACCCCCUGCGCUGGCUUGUACGCACCAAGCCCACCAAAUCCAGCCCUUCUAGGCAGGGCUGGGUGUCGCCUGCCUACCUGGACAAGAGGCUCAAGCUGUCUCCUGAGUGGGGGCCCACUGAGGCCCCUGAGUUCCCUGGGGAGGCUGUGUCUGAGGAUGAGUAUAGAAUGAGGCUGAGCUCUGUCAUCCAGGAGUUGCUGAGUUCAGAGCAGGCUUUCGUGGGUGAGCUGCAGUUCUUGGAAAGUCACCACAUGAAGCACCUGGACCGAUCUCCCCGUGUGCCUACAGCCGUGGCCAGCCAGAAGACAGUCAUCUUCCGGAACGUGCAGGACAUCAGCCGUUUCCACAGCAGCUUCUUGAAGGAGCUGCAGUCCUGUGACACCGAUGACGAUGUGGCCAUGUGCUUCAUCAAGAACCAGGAGGCCUUUGAGAAGUACCUUGAGUUCCUGGUGGGCCGCGUGCAGGCCGAGUCAGUGGUUGUCAGCACCCCGGUCCAGGAGUUCUACAAGAAAUAUGCAGAAGAGACAUUGUCAGCCAAGGACCCCACGCAGCCACCCCCACCUCCACUUCAGCACUACCUGGAGCAGCCAGUGGAGCGGGUGCAGAAAUACCAGGCCCUGCUGAAGGAGUUAAUCCGCAACAAGGCCCGCAACCGGCAGAACUGCGCGCUGCUGGAGCAGGCCUAUGCUGUGGUGUCUGCCUUGCCUCAGCGUGCUGAGAAUAAGCUGCAUGUGUCACUCAUGGAGAACUACCCAGGAACCCUGGAGGCCCUGGGAGAACCUAUCCGCCAGGGCCACUUCAUAGUGUGGGAGGGGGCACCAGGGGCCCGGAUGCCUUGGAAGGGCCACAACCGGCAUGUCUUCCUCUUCCGAAACCAUCUGGUGAUCUGCAAGCCCCGGAGAGACUCUCGAACGGACACCUUCAGCUAUGUGUUCCGGAACAUGAUGAAGCUGAGUAGCAUCGACCUGAAUGACCAGGUCGAGGGGGAUGACCGUGCCUUUGAGGUGUGGCAUGAACGAGAGGACUCUGUGCGCAAGUACCUGCUCCAGGCACGGACAGUCAUCAUCAAGAACUCAUGGGUGAAGGAGAUCUGUGGCAUCCAGCAGCGCCUGGCCCAGCCUGUGUGGCGUGCCCCUGAUUUUGAAGAGGAAUUGGCUGAUUGCACUGCUGAGCUGGGCGAAACAGUCAAGCUGGCAUGCCGAGUGACUGGCACACCUAAGCCUGUUGUCAGCUGGUACAAAGAUGGGAAGCCGGUGGAGGUGGACCCACACCACAUCCUCAUCGAAGACCCUGAUGGCUCCUGUACCCUCAUCUUGGACAACCUGACCGGUGUCGACUCUGGCCAGUACAUGUGUUUUGCGGCCAGUGCUGCUGGCAACGCCAGCACCUUGGGGAAGAUUCUGGUACAAGUGCCCCCACGGUUUGUGAACAAGGUCCGGGCCACCCCCUUUGUGGAGGGGGAGGAUGCACAGAUCACCUGCACUGUGGAAGGUGCCCCGUACCCUCAGAUCAGGUGGUACAAGGAUGGUGCCCUGCUAACCCUGGGCAACAAGUACCGGAUGCUGAAUGAGCCCCGCAGUGGUGUGCUGGUGCUGGUGAUCCAGGCAGCCAGCAAGGAGGACUUGGGACACUAUGAGUGUGAGUUGGUGAACCGGUUGGGCUCCACACGUGGCGGUGGAGAACUGUACAUGCAGAGUCCCGCCCUGCGUGCCCGGGACCAGCAUCACCGGGAACAGCUGGUGGCCGCUGUGGAAGUCACUGAGCAGGAGACAAAAGUCCCCAAGAAAACCGUCAUCAUAGAAGAGACCAUCACCACCGUGGUGAAGAGUCCCCGUGGCCGACGCCAGUCCCCCAGCAAGUCUCCCUCCCGUUCACCCUCCCGCCGCUCUGCCAGUCCACGGAGGCCAGGGCUGUUGGCCCCCGAGAUGCUGUACCCACCAGGAGCCAGUCCGUCCCGGAGGCUCGAGGUAGAAGGGAGCAGGAAGGCCCCGGUGCCUGCACUAUUUGUGACAGAGGCUGAAGCCCUUGCUCCAGCCUCGCAGCCCAAGCCCAAGUGGUUAGAGGUUGAGGAAACCAUUGAAGUCCGGGUGAAGAAGACAGGGUCACGGGGUGCAUCUCCUGUCCGAGAGAUGCCCAGCAGUGGAGAGGGCAUCGUCUUCACACUGCCUAGUGGGAUCGCUGGCAGGGACCCAAAUGCCAACAACUCCAACAACAAGAGUGUGUCCCGGGAAGCAGCCCGCGGCCCCGCUGUAGUCCAUGUUGGUGAACCCCUCGUCUUCCGUGUGGACUCAAUGGGCAAUGUGGACUGGGCACCUGCUAGCCCUGAGCCAAAGGAGGUUGGAGCCUCCCAGGAGGAACAGAACUUUGCGAGGGAGGAAGGAGGCAGCGACAGAGAAGAGAAUAUCUCCCUAAUAGAAGAACCCCAGGACGUGGGCAGCCUUAAGGGCCGUGACCCUAAAAUCCUUACGCACAAUGGCAGAGUGCUAACAUUGGCUGACCUGGAAGACUACGUACCCCAGGAAGGAGAGACCUUUGGCUGCAGGGACCCCACCCCCAGCACCCCUGAUGAACCUCCCUGUGAAGUUUCUGUGCUCCAGAGAGAGAUCAGAGAGCCCACUGUGGGGCAGCCUGUCCUGCUCAAUGUGGGGCGUCCUCCGGUUCCCAGUGCCAUGCCCAGCUUCUUCGGGUCAGGGCCCCAAGUCCACAGCCCCGAGGGUGUCUCCUUCCUCUUGCGUGAGGACUGGACAGGGCCAGUAAGUGGCACCCCUUGGACAAGCUCCUUCCGUGCCCACGUCCAGAGUUCUGUAGAUGGAGGCCAGAAUAACUUCAAGACAGAGGUUUCUACCCAGACGGUCAGCUUUGGGACUGUAGGAGAGACAGUAACUCUGCAUAUUAACCCUGAUGGGGGAGAGGCCCCAGACCCCUCCCAGAGUUCCUGGGAUGGAGUCGUCCUCGCGUUCCUGCCCGGUCCUUCCUACCUCACUGGACUUGUGCUUUGCCGGGAAGAUGGAGAAGUUCCUGUAGUGUUGGAAUAUGCCGAUGUCACUUCAGAGGAGCUCUGGGUUGCAUCCGAGGCCUGUGUUGACCUGCAGAUCUUCAGGGCCACUUCUGUGAUGGGCACAGGCUGUGGGCUUCGAGGAGGGUGGCCCUGGGUGUACAUGGCUCUGGUGGAGGAAACGGUGGCCCUGUCCCGGGGCUCAGAGCUCCUCACCGUGCCAUGCCAUACCUCUGUGGAGGACUCAGUCCACCCUACCCAGGACGGAGCUGACCAAGAUGCCACUUCUGUCCUUUGGAGACUGCUGAGCUCAGAAGCCCUGAGCCCCUCCCCAGGGGAUUUCCCCCACACCAGGCAAAGUGAGCCACCUGCAUUCGAAGAGGCUACUCCCCAGAUCCCACGCAUGCCAGCCUCAGGUAUACCUGCUGACACACCGGAGGUCUCACAGCCUGGCAUGCACAAAGGCGUGGAGCAGGAGACGACAACAACUUCUGGGGCCCAGGGACGGACUGUGCCUAUUCGGGUGGAGGGAACAGCCUGGCCAGGUGCAGGCGCUGGGCCGCUGCUCUUGGAUGUGCACAGCCAAGUCGUCAUGGAGACCACACAGAGGACCUAUGUGUACCAAGUUCCCGACACAAGUGCCGCAAGGGCCCCAACCAUGCAGGUCACGAUUGAGGAUGUCCAAGUCCAAGUAGGUGACACGGCACAGUUCGACGCUGUCAUCGAAGGCAACCCACCACCCACAGUGACCUGGUACAAGGACAGCAGCCAGCUGGUGAGCAGUGACAGACUGAGCCAGCGGCAGGAUGGGACUACAUAUUCCUUGGUGCUGACUGAUGUGGCUCCACAUGAUGCUGGCGUCUACACAUGCCUUGCCCAUAAUGCAGGCGGACAGGUGCUCUGCAAGGCGGAACUGCUGGUCCAUGGGGGGGACAAGCUAGACUCAGAAAAGCAAGUCUAUCGGAGAAAACUGCAUUCCUUCUAUGAAGUCCAAGAAGAGAUUGGGAGGGGUGUGUUCGGCUUUGUGAAAAGAGUUCAACACAAAGGAAACAAGAUGUCCUGUGCCGCCAAGUUCAUCCCCCUGCGGAGCAAAACGCGGGCCCAGGCGUACCAGGAACGAGACAUCUUGGCAACACUCGGCCACCCGCUGGUCACUGGGCUCCUGGACCAGUUUGAGACGCGGAAGACUCUCAUCCUUAUCUUGGAGCUGUGCUCAUCAGAGGAGCUGCUGGAUCGCCUCUUCAAGAAGGGUGUCGUGACUGAGGCUGAGGUCAAGGUCUAUAUCCAGCAGCUAGUGGAAGGACUGCACUAUUUGCACGGCCGUGGCAUCCUCCACCUGGACAUAAAGCCCCCCAACAUCCUGAUGGUGCACCCAGCUCGGGAAGACAUUAAGAUCUGUGACUUUGGCUUUGCCCAAAAAAUCACCCCCUCAGAGCCGCAGUACAGCAAGUACGGCGCGCCCGAGUUCGUGUCUCCAGAGAUCAUCGAGCAGAGUCCUGUGAGCGAGGGCUCAGACAUCUGGGCCGUGGGUGUCAUCUCCUACCUCAGCCUGACCUGCUCAUCCCCAUUUGCUGGAGAGAGUGACCGUGCCACCCUGCUGAAUGUUCUGGAGGGCCGGGUGUCUUGGAGUAGUCCCAUGGCUGCCCAUCUGAGUGAAGACGCCAAGGACUUUAUCAAGGCCACACUGCAGAAGACCCCCGGGGCCCGGCCUAGUGCUUCCCAGUGCCUUGCCCACCCCUGGUUCCUGAAAUCCAUGCCUGCUGAGGAGGCUCACUUCAUCAACACCAAGCAGCUCAAGUUUCUUCUUGCUCGAAGUCGCUGGCAGCGCUCCCUGAUGAGCUACAAGUCUAUCCUGGUGAUGCGCUCCAUCCCGGAGCUGCUCCAGGGUCCUCCAGACAGUCCGUCCCUAGGCGUGGCGCGGCACCUCCGAGGGGAAGCCAGUGGCUCCUCUAGCUCUUCGUCUUCCUCAGACAACGAGCUUGCCCCAUUCGCCAGGGCUAAGUCGCUGCCGCCUUCCCCUGUGACUCACUCCCCGCUGCUGCAUCCUCGGGGCUUCCUGCGGCCCUCAGCCAGCCUCCCGGAGGAGACAGAAGCCAGCAGCGCGCCUGCGCCCAAGGCUGAUGCAGCCCUGCCAGCAUCCCCCCAGGGGGCUGGGCCUCCAGCAAGCCCAGGUUGUGUGCCCCGGCACAGCGUUAUCAGCAGCUUGUUCUACCAGCAAGCUGGUGAGGGGUCAGAGCGCGGGAGCAAAACCUCCGGGGCCAAGCGGCACCCAGCUCGGAGGCGGCACCUGCUGAAGGGCGGGUACUUCGCAAGGGCCCUACCGGGACUCCGAGAACCACUGAUGGAGCACAGUGUGCUGGAGGAGGAGGCCGCUAGGGAGGAGCAGGCCGCUCUGAUGACCAAGACACCCUCCUUCGAGACUGCCCUGAGACUACCUAGUUCCGGUGCCCGAGAGGUCCCAGGCCGAAGCCGCUCCCUGGACCACAACCCACCAGACACCACCGGCCGCUCUCCUGAGGAAUGCGAAGGGCAAUACCUAUUCCCACCCUCCUCUGGGGUGACUCGCGAAGCCACUGCCAAAGACAUGGGGCACUCAAAGGGGUCCUUGCAGGAGUCUGUCCCCUAUUCACCUGCUAGUGGUGACUCCGGGCCUGCUAAGCAAGAGGGAUCGUCCCAGGACAGCUGUCGAGGGAAACCUGCCCCUUCCUGCCACUCUGACCUGGGUUCUGGCUCCCAGGAGGGCUGCGGCUCUCCAUCAUCACGGUCGCUUGGCUCUUUACCUCCACAGUCAUCGAAGAAGGACCUCUUGACGCCCUGUAGCCCCUUUGUCACAGGACAGCCUCAGGCAGCCCCAUUCCCAACCCAAGCAAGCCCCCUUCCCGGUUCCCAGAAGGAGCCUGGGGAUAGCUCUCUACAUGGCAGGCCCUGUCCCAGUCCCUCUAAUUCCUCAGGGCCAGCCUCCCAAGUAGGUGCCUCCCUGGAUACUGAAGACUUGUCUGAAGCUAGAGACACCUGUGACUUCACACCCCCCCUGCAGCGGCCUCAGGAGCAGGCCACCACCCGGAAGUUCUCCCUGGAAUCCCGUGGGGGCUAUGCAGGGGUGUCAGGCUACGGCACCUUUGCCUUUGGCGGGGAUGCAGGGGGCAUGCUAGGGCAGGGUCCUCUUUGGGCCAGGAUGGCCUGGGCCGUGUCCCAGUCCUCAGAAGAGCAGGAUGAAGCUGUGACUGAGAGCCCUCAACCUCUAGAGAGCUCAGGGCCCAUGGCUAAGGCCGGCGGGGUUCCCCGAAGGACCUCUCCGAGCUUCCCCCCAUGGGAGGAAGUCGAGCAGGUUUCCCUGGUACAGAUCCGGGAUCUGUCUGGUGAUGCAGAAGCAGCUGACACUAUCUCCUUGGACAUUUCUGAGGUCGAUCCUGCCUACCUCAACCUCUCUGAUCUAUAUGACAUCAAGUAUCUCCCCUUUGAGUUCAUGAUCUUCAGGAGGGUCCCCAAACCUGUAGAACCUCCAGAGUCACCCGGCUCUGAAAGCGAGGCCGGGCAAGGGCUGGCUGAGUUCCUAGAGGAGGCUGCGUGGCCCUGGCCAGGAGAGCUGGGCCUGGGUGCUGGCUUGGAAAUUACAGAGGAGUCAGAGGAGCCAGGGGACCUGGAAGCGCUGCUGGGAGAGGCGGCUAUGGGCAGGAAGCGCAAGUGGUCCCCCUCCCGUGGCCUCUUCCCAUUCCCCGGGAGGUGCCUGUCAGGGGAGGAGCCCGUGGAGCUUGGGCUGCGCCAGAGGGUGAAGGCUUCCAUGGCUCACAUCUCCAGGAUCCUGAAGGGCAAGCCGGAAGGUCCUGAGAAGGAGGAGCCCCCCAGGAAGAAGGCAGGCUUAGCUUCUUUCCGGCUGUCAGGCCUGAAGGGCAGGGACCAAGCGCCAUCCUUCCUAAGAGAGCUCUCAGAUGAGACUGUGGUCCUGGGCCAGUCAGUGACACUGGCCUGCCAGGUGUUGGCCCAACCCACUGCCCAGGCCACCUGGAGCAAAGAUGGGGCCCUCCUGGAGAGCAGUGGCCACCUCCUCAUCUCUUCCACCCUAAAGAACUUCCAGCUGUUGACCAUCCUGGUGGUGACAGAGGAGGAUCUGGGCACAUACACCUGCUGUGUGAGCAAUCCGCUGGGGACGGCAGUCACGACAGGGGUCCUCCGGAAAGCAGAGCGCCCCUCAUCCUCUCCACGCCCAGAGGUGGGGGAAGUGUACGCAGAUGCAGUGCUGCUGGUCUGGAAGCCCGUGGAAUCCUGUGGCCCGGUGACCUACAUCGUGCAGUGCUGUAUAGAAGGAGGCAGCUGGACCACCCUGGCCUCUGACAUCUCCGACUGCUGCUACCUCACCGGCAAGCUUUCCCGGGGUGGCAUGUACACCUUCCGGACCGCGUGUGUCAGCAAAGCAGGAAUGGGCCCCUACAGCAGCCCUUCAGAGCAAGUCCUCCUGGGAGGGCCCAACCACCUGGCCUCUGAGGAGGAGAGCGGCCGGGGGAGGCCAGCCCAGCUUCUCCCCAGCACAAAGACCUUCGCCUUCCAGAUGCAGAUCCGGAGAGGCCGCUUCAGUGUGGUAAGGCAGUGCAGGGAGAAGAGGAGUGGGCGGGCGCUGGCCGCUAAGAUUGUCCCCUACCAGCCGGAGGACAAGGCGGCCGUGUUACGAGAAUACGAAGCACUUAAGAGACUGCACCACCCACAUCUGGCCCAACUCCACGCCGCCUACCUCAGUCCCCGGCACCUGGUGCUCAUCCUGGAGCUGUGCUCUGGCCCUGAGCUGCUACCCUGUCUGGCAGAGAGGGACUCCUACUCAGAGUCAGAUGUGAAGGACUACCUGUGGCAGAUGCUGAGCGCCACCCAGUACUUGCAUGCCCAGCACAUCCUGCACCUGGACCUGAGGUCCGAGAACAUGAUGGUCACCGAGUACAAUCUGCUUAAGGUUGUGGACCUGGGCAAUGCUCAGAGCCUCAGCCAAGGGAAGGUCCCACCCCCUGAGAACUUCAAAGACUACCUGGAGACCAUGGCUCCGGAACUCCUGGAAGGCCAAGGGGCUGUUCCACAGACAGACAUCUGGGCUAUUGGUGUGACAGCCUUCAUUAUGCUGAGUGGCGAGUACCCGGUCAGCAGCGAGGGGACUCGUGACCUGCAGAAAGGCUUGCCCAAGGGACUCAUUCGUUUGAGCCGCUGCUACGCAGGGCUGUCUGGGGGUGCCGUAGCCUUCCUGCAGAGCGCACUGUGCGCUCGACCCUGGGGCCGCCCAUGCGCCACCACCUGCUUGCAGAGCGCCUGGUUGACAGAGGAGGGCCCCGCGGGCUCCCGGACCACGCCCGUGACCUUCCCCACCGCGCGCUUGCGCGCCUUCGUGCGCGAGCGCGAGAAGCGGCGGGCACUACUCUACAAGAAGCACAACCUGGCCCAGGUACGCUGAGGUCCUGCUCUGCGGGGCAAGAUGUGCCUUGCCACGUGAGGACACCUGUGCCAAUAAAAGAUGCAAAAACGGCCAGAGA